GACCAGACGGCGCGGCUCCUCCCCAUUCGAAAAAGCCACGGGCGCAUCGCACCGCACCGCAUCCGCGCGGCGGAAACGGAAAGCACUAGCCGAGAGGGACGUCCACCCACCCACCAGGCCACCACCCCCCCACCCCCGAUCCGACACGGCACACGCCCACGCCCACGCCCACGCCCCCACGCCCACGCCGCGCGCCGCUCCAUCUCUCGCCUCGCCCCCACGAUGCCGCGGCGCCGUGCCGUGCCACCACUCCCUCGCUGGGCCGCCCCACCCACCACCACCACCACCGCGCCGCCACGCGACAAACCCCGCGGAGGCAGAGGCAGAGAGAGCCAGCCACCGCGCGCGCCGCACGCCCACCACCACCACCCACGCGGACGCGGCCGCCGCGGUUCAUUCCCCUCCCCCCCCCCCCCAUCCCGUCAUUUCACCUCCCCGGCCCACGCCCGCCGCGCGGCCCACCUCCGCCUUUAUGACCGAUUCCCCAUCCCCUCCUCUCUCCUCCACCACCAAACCCUAGCUCCCACCGCCGCCGACGAUGUCGUCCUCCUCCUCCCCGCCGCCCAACCCGGACGCGCUCUCCUCCCCGGACCUCCCCCCGCUGGCCGCCCCCGCGGCGGCGGCCGCGGCAGCCGCCGCCGCGGUGUCAUCUGGUGGCGCGGGGGGCUCCGGGCGGAGGCUGCCCCCGCCGUGCUGGACGCACGAGGAGACGCUGGCGCUCAUCGAGGCCUACCGCGAUAGGUGGGAGGGGCUCCGCAAGGGGAACCUCAGAGCCUCCGACUGGGACGACGUCGCCGGCGCCGUCACCGCCCGCUGCGGGAGGUUCCCCACGGCGACGCACAAGUCCGGCGUCCAGUGCCGCCACAAGAUCGAGAAGCUCCGGAAGCGGUACCGCGCCGAGAGGGCGCGCGCCGCCGGCCGCUCCAAGGGCCCCAAGUGGCCCUUCUUCCCGCUCCUCCACGACCUCGCCGGCGGCGGGGCGCCCGACCCUAGCCCCAACCCCAUCAUCAAGAUCAAAUCCAAGGGCCCCGCCGCCGCGGCCGCCUCCCCCUCACCGGCGUCCCCUUCUCCCGUCUCCUCCCCUUCCUCCGAGGAGGAUGAGGAGGAGGAGGCGGCGGCGGACGCGGGGCGGAGCAGGAGCCUUCACGGCCUCAUCUCCAACGGCGGGAGCGGGAGCGGCCUGCGCUUCACCAUCCCCAAGGCCUCCCGCUCCAAGCCUGUGGCGCAGCGAGAACAACCCACCGCCAUCAAGGUGGAGAAGAGCGAGGAGGACGCCGAGGCGGAGGCCAUGGCCGAGGUGGCCUCGGCGCUGCGCGCCGUCGGCGACAAGUUCCUCCGCAUGGAGGAGCGGAGGCUGGAGAUCUCUCUCCAGAUAGAGAAGGAGCGGAUGGAGUCUGAGAUGAAGCGCACCCAGACGCUGCUCGACGCCCAGCAGCUGUUCGUCGAGGCCUUCCUCGGCAAGCAGCAGCACCACCACCACCACCACAAGAAGGCCAAGGUGAUCUCCGCCGCCGCUGCCGCAGCAACAGCCGCCAUGGAUGAGGAUUGAUCUACUCCAUGUUGUUGGUAUGGCCUACUAUGUGUUUAGUAAUGUUUACUUCUCAUUGUUAACUGCUGGUGUUGACUUGUGAUAAUUCUACUAGCUGUUGUUUGUGUUUGGGAGGGUGAUUAAAGUAGUCAGGUGUAGGAUAUGGAGUGGGGGAGUGAGGAGGAGGAUUAGGAGUGAGUGCUCAGUUAAGCUGCCUGUAAUCAGUUCAGUGAUCUUGUGCUUGAGUUGCUGCUGCUGAAGCUGCCUUGUCCAAAUACUUCUGUAGUAGCAUAUUAUUGUCAGGUUUUUACUCAAUCAGUGUCCUGUGUCAUGUUCUAUGUUUUGAUGAUCCUAAGCCUUGGAGUAUGUGACAGUAACUUGAAGAAGCCUUGCACUGUAGUAACAUGUUUUUCUCCAUGAAUCAAAUUAAUGGCUGGUUUAAGGGUA